CUUUUGCUCUCUAAGACAAGAUAUGCAUCAGGAAUCUCCGUGAAUUCAACCCCUCCAACACGUCUCCCGGCACCAAUUCCACUUGAGAAGCCCCACGCCUCACCCGAAGCCGUCAAGCAUGCUUCAACUAGAGUCGAGAUGAUCGACGUGCCUCGACGGCUCCGCCGCGCCAUCCUCCUCAACGACCUCGCCCUCGUAAAGCGCAUCGUGCGCAACAAUCCGCACUACCUGCGGAACCCAGACUUCGAGGACAAGAGCAAUACCUCGCUCCACCUCGCGGCGAAGAAUGGAUUCACGCAGAUCGCCGAGUUCCUCAUCGAAGCCGGGCACGAAGACGAAAUCGUGAGCAGGAACAAUGAGUGGGAAACACCGCUCAUGUUGGCCGCGAUAGCGGGCAAAGAAGACAUGGGCGUUAUGCUAGCAAAGCGUUUCCCAGAGUGCAUACCAUGGCAGAACAAAGCCGGACUCGACGCCCUCAUGCUCUCCUGCCGCUCGGGCACCGGCACCCUGCACCUGAUCCCCACGCUGCUCCUGCACGCGCCCUCCAUCCUAACAACCUACGACCACACCGGCAACACCGCGCUACACCACGCCAGCGCCGCCGGCGAACUCAAAGCCCUGCGCAUGCUGCUGCAAUAUGGCGCGAAUCCGCUCGCCCAAAACGCAUAUUCCUGGACUCCCGUGCACUACAGCGCCACCCCGGCCGCAGAGGCAUACUUCAAGACGCUGAUCAUCGAGUUCGAGAAGAAGAAAGCCGAGGGCAAGAGAGUGGAGAGGGAGAGGGAGCGGCAGCGGAACGCCGGCGUGAGGUUGGUUACGGAUCAGGAGGGGUUAGGUGGAGGAGGGCUAGCUAGUGGGGGUAUGAGCACAGAUAGGCAGCGGGCGAGAGAUGAUGCUGCGAUUGCGGGGCUGCCGGCGCCCGGGAUGGAUUGGAGUCCGGUGGAGAGGCGGAGGGCGAUGACUCCGACGGAGAAUAGGGGCGGAGGCUGGUUCACACCUGAUGGGACGCGCCCGCGAGCAGAGAGCGGGGAGUCCAUGUCAUCGCGGUGAUACUUGGACUUGAUAUUGCUAGAUCUAUGGCGUUUGUGUGGAUUGGCAUGGAGUAGACGGACGAUACUACAUCACAUAGGAUUUUCAUCUGGCAUAGCAUACAAAUUGGCUUGCACGCUU